AUGGAAGAAGACGAUGAUUUCACCGGAGCAAUUGAAAAAUUGAUGUUCCAAGGUAUACUAAACAGUGGAGAUGUCAAGAAACUAGGGAAUGCUGGGAUCUAUUCAUGCAAUGGCCUGAUGAUGCAUACAAAGGAGAACCUCACUGGAAUAUAUGGUUUAUCAAAGACCAAAGUUGACCAAAUCUGGGAAGCAGUCGAGAAAGUUGUGGCACGUGCGAGUGCAUUGUUUCCGCGCAACAUCAACGCUUACGAGCUCAAAAGCAAGAUCGGAUUCGGACCCCGAGCCACCGUCUACAAAGCUUACUGCAUUCCCACGAAGUCCACGGUUGCAAUCAAGAUUUUCAAUCGUGCGGCAGAUUCCGAUGUUCGCCGAGAAGCCACGACUCUGUCUGACCCAAAUCUUCUCACGUAUUCCUCCUUCAAAGUCGAUUGGUUGGUGAUGCCUUUUAUGGCAUGUGGAUCGCUUCAAUCAAUUGUCUACUCUUCUUUCCCACGUGGCUUACCAGAACGAUAUGCUUGCUUCUUCCUUUCCAAGAUCCUGAAAGUCAUGGUCCAUCUUCACGAUCAAGGGAUUCAUCAUGGUGGCAUCAAAGGGGGAAAUGUCUUAGUGGAUUUGGAUGGACAAGUGAAGAUAUGUGCUUCACAGCCACAAAUUGGAGAUGAAAUUAGAGAUUUCGGUUCAUUGGCCGCCGAAUUGGUCUAUGGGGUAGGUGGUGGUAAGUUUCAUCUUCACAAAGAGGUUUCUCAAGAGUUACAAGAUCUCCUCUUGCUUUGCCGUAGAAGCAGCCGAGUUUCUGCCGAUGAACUAUUGAUACAACCAUGUUUCAAUGAGAUAGUGGAAACUGAAACUGUGAGGAGGCUACUAGCUGAUCUGCCUUGUUUAGAAGUGAUGGCCAAAGAAGCCAAGAAAACUCUGAAGAAUCAUUUGAUGACCGUGAACAACAUAGGUCGUCGGGAUUUGAUGGAGAAUCUUCUAGGAAAACGAAAGAGAAUGGAGGUGCUAAGAACCUCCAUUGCUUUAGAUGCAAGGCCAAAAGCACAAAUCGACCAUUGGAUUCUAGAGUUGGAUUCUUGCAAGAGAAAGGAAAGUGUAUCGGAAAUGGCCAUUGGGCGUCUUCUUUCGCCCAAACUAAAUCCCCAUUUCAGCAGCAGAGGUUUCGUCCCGUUGACGAAGAGAUGGUUUUCUUCUUCCCUUGAAGAUGGCCGGAAAUUCGAGAAAUUGCCGGAUUCCAAGGCUUCCACUAACAAAGAUAUUGGCAAAAACUGGUACUCUUUAGGAGGGUUACUGACUAAUCUAAAGGAGAAGAUUGCUGGAAACAUGCUCUUGUUCAACAAACCUCCAGGUGAAGAAGACUCGGUUUCGCCAAAAUCACCAGGAAAUGUUGUGAGGGCUGCUACUAAAGUGGUCAGGGAACAACCUUUAGGGUCUCUGGAAGCAACUCAAAGUGUUGAUGGAGUUGAGAUUUCUGAGGAGAGAGAAAGCAUAUCUGCAGAUAAAGAGAGGUUAGACUGUAAUAGCUUAGACGGCUCGAGUUUUGCAGCAGAAAGAGUGGAUCUUCUUGAGGAGCCAAGUUGUAAAGAUGUGUCUCUAGGUUUGUUGACUGAAGAAGCAUCGAAAAGUGAAGGGAAGCUGCAGCCUGAGAGAGGGCAAGCUUCUCAAAAGAAACCAACUCAGAAUAGACUCUCGGACAUGUUUAUAAACAUGGUUCAAGAUAAGGAGGUUAAGCUUCAUCCGAGAUCUGAGGCAUUGAGUAAAUGUGAUUCCGGUAUGUUUACAGGAGAAUCUGGUAGUGAUCCUGUCAAGGCAAACGAAAAUAUUUCCAAGGAAAAUGAUAAGCACAGGUUUUCUGAUCACAACUCUUUAGCAUCUUUACUACGAAGUGUUGGGAGUUAUGAUCAGAAGACUGGAGACCUGGAUGAUGUUAGAGAACCCGUUGUAGAUGAGGUAGUGAGUAGAGACUUAGGCGUGAAAGAGCUGAUAGACUCACAGAACCGUUCAACUGACAAUGGCACAGACGAAAAUGCCAUCUCGUGCAAUGCUAAUGGUGGGGAAGGAAAAUGCAUAUCCUCUGUAACGGGAAAGAGUGAGGAAGAAGAGUCGAAAGGGGAAGCUUUAGUAAUGGAGAAGCUGUCGGCGUCCACUCAGGACACCACCUUGGCUACCACCACUGCGGAGAAUAUGGAGGCAUUAUCUGUUGGAGAAGAGCCCUCUCAUAACAGAGUACUGUUGAGGUUUAUGAAAGAAUUUGUUGAGAAGAAAGACAUCGUUGAAGUCCUUUCUGUGUUUGGAGAUGUCUCCGAUGUACAAGAAAUUCCCUCUUUUAAAGGUUCCAUUUUCAAAGAUGCUCUCGUGACUUUUGAGACUAAUUCAGCAGUCAAGAAGGCUCUCGAGAAACGUGUUGUGAUAUUGAGGAGUCACACUGUAGUUAUUGAGGCAACUUCUCAGGAAGAUAUGGUAGAAGAAAAGAUUCGCAUUCCAGCUCUCAUUGGCGAUCCAUAUGUGCCACUUGCAUUGGUGAAGGAACCAAUCAGAACUGUUAAGAUUCAUCCGCUGACGCAAGAUAUAAACUCAGACCAGAUCAGAGACGCGCUCAGGUUCUGCAGGAGCGACGUAUCUAAGUUAAUCUUUGGCUCAUCGAAAACAGCUGCUUUCGUGGAGUUUGAGACGGAAAGUGGGAAAGAGAGAGCACUUGCAGGGCAUUCAAUUAACAUAUUCAACAAGAAAUUGUUCAUCUCUAGGAUUGAUACACCAAGGACAACCGUUGCAAGGAUUUCGAACUUGUCAACAUUAGCGAUGGAAGAGAUACGGAAAGUGUGUGUACGUUAUGGACAGGUCAGACGUGUGUUUCACAGAGGAAAAGGUGUUGUGGAUGUGUAUUUUGAUAUCUCUGAGUGGCCAAACAUGGUCACCAUUCUCAACAGCUUGAAUGGUAAGGAAGUAGAUGGUAUGAAGUGGGUGGCUCGACCAGCACCAGUUAUACCUCCUGAGAUGAUAAAGGUUUUGUGGGAAGAUCCGCAAGAAAGGAGAUAUGUGAAAGAUUUGAUUCAGAGUUUGGCAAGAGAGAUUGAGCAGCCUUUAGAUGUAACUCGUAGCCACGCACUUGUGACUGAUUUAGUACAAUAG